AUGGGAUCCAGUGAAAAUGGUAGCGAAGAGCCCAGCCUUAUCUGGGAUUUGAGAAGACAAGACCUUAUUAACCCUGCCUUUAUUUCAGUUAUUAGCAUUUUUGGACUUACGGAGGAUGUAACUGUCAUCUGGCUUCUCAGCUUUGGCAUGAAAAGGAAUUGUUUCACCAUCUUCAUUCUGAAUUUGGCUGUGGCUGACCUUGGCGUCCUUAUAUACUUUAUUUUUCUCCAGUAUUGGCAUGAAAGGAUUACCGAAGUUAAAAUUUAUGUAAAGGGUAUUGCCAAGCAACCAGAUGGUCGAGCAAUAACAGAAGCUUACAGUGGUUCUGGAGACAUACCUGAUUAUCUUAACUCAAAUGAGAGUAUCAUAUUUAGAAAUUUAAAUAAUAGCACAACUGCUGCCUCCAGCAUUGUUUUUGCCGAGUUUGUAGCAUCAAAUGAUCUGGUCUUCUCCAAAUUAGCAAAGUAUUUAAUCAACAGCUUCAUUGCCAUUAUUUGCAUUUUGGGGCUUUUGGCUAAUGGGUAUGUCAUCUGGCUUCUUGGCUUCAAAAUUAAUGUCCUUUUAUCUCUAAUCAGUACUGCUGCAUUUGCUACUGCGCUUCGUGUGACGAGUGAAUCUCACAUUCUCAACAGCGUUUUUCUAUUAUUUUUUGAACUCUUUUGCUUCACAUAUUCUACCAGUCAGUAUCUACUGGCAGCUAUCAGCGUUGACAGGUGUGUAGUUGUCUUCUUCCCACUUUGGCAUCGAUUUGACCGGGGACCAAACUCAUCCACCAUCAUAUGUGCUAUAAUAUGGAUCUUCUCCUUCCUGCUUUCUGCAAUCCAUUUCGCUCUCCGCAUGACUGGCAGAUUUGGGGCGUCCCUUUUACACUACCAGCUGCUUGUAAAUGCUCUGCUUUGUACGCCUCUGAUGUUCAUCUCUUCUCUGAUCCUGUUCAUCAAAAUCUGCUGUAAAGCACAACAACGCAAGCAAGGAAAACUCACCACGGCUAUCUUGCUUGCCCUCCUUUUCUUUCUCAUCUUUGCUUUCCCACUGAAUGCAGUUUAUGUUAGCUAUUGCUAUUAUUUCCCCCACCUUCACAGUCUCAUGCUCAUUGGCUUUGGGUGUUCUUCUGUAAACAGCAGCAUCAACCCAAUCAUUUAUUUUUUAGUUGGAAGGAGAGGACGGAAGAGUCCUUCCAGGGUAUCCAUGAGAGCUGCAAUCUCAAGGGUGUUUAAGGAUGUGGGAGACUGUACAGAAGACAAGAAAUCCAGAACAGAGAGCAAAGUUAUGAUUUGA